AGGACGUGUUGUGUUAAUUGCAAUACGACUAAGAAGAGCUGUAGAGGCACGGCGGAAUUGACUCUGCAUGUGCAAGUGUCUGGCUGGCGGCAACACAGCUUAAUACUUACCGCAAUUCCACCAGAGCGUAUUUUCACAGAAAAGCUUUGCUUGCAGCUCUAACUGGUUGUUAGUAUCCCGUGGCGCCGUCAACGUACCAUUUCCUUCGGAGCUGCGACGCCCUACAGAAUCGGCCAGAAAUAACUGCUCUCUCUUCAAUUGCGUCAAGUACAUAUAUUGGCUCGGCUGUCGGCAUUCGGCGCACCUCUGAACCUGGCUCGCUGGCCCUCGGCUGCCAUCCUGUCGGGCUAACUCUGCAGUCUUCUGCAACUGCCAUUAAAGUCAAACCGUAAUACACGCAUAUCUGCCAAACAUUACUGUCUAGGCAGACAAGGAGUCAAACAACUCCAAAUGACGCCGCACCACAUCUCGCGGGCCAUCCCUCAGCGGACUGCCCGCAACGUCAUCGCACCCUCCCCAGCCACCUGCCGACACACAACCAAGCUGCACCUCCCACCCGCUCCGACACCUUCACAUCCUAAUACCGCCGCUGCUCUGAGCCCUUCCCCAGCACGUCCCAGCGUUGCUGUCACAGCCGCAGCAGCAGCCGCUGCUUCUUCCAUCCAGCUUCCCCAAGCAGCUCCCUCCUCCUUCAACACCAGGCCGCCAGUGGCACCAUGGGGCUCCUUACCACCACCAGCACCAGCAGCAGCAGCUGCACCUUCCCGCCGUCCCGGCGGCGCCAGCCGCAGCACGACCACACCCUCCGCCUCCAC